AUGAUUCCUAUUCAGUCGCGACUACGCGAGAUGGCCUUGGCCAAGGCCCCCAUCGUGGCUCCUGUGGCAAGCACCGAUCCUGCCCAGGUUACCUUCAGCUGGAGUGGCAGUUCAUUUGAAUGCUCGCCUCUCUCAAACCCAUCAGCACCACCACCAACACCAACAGACUCUCUUUGCGAUAUCAACCCACGCAAAUCUUCUUUCUCGAGCGAAUACGGCAUGGGCGCAGCAUGUGCUUUCCCAUCAUGGCCCAACCGUGCCUCCCUCUCAAGUGCCGACUCAUGCGAUCUGUUCGUCAACAACGCCUACCUCUCCGACGAAGAUCUACUAUGGAUGCCCGAGAACGCCAUCCCCGAGAAGGAGCCUGCACCAACCCAGAUGGUCUCCUCCAUGACCACAGAACAACAACUCCAGCGCAUGCGAGCCGCCGCCGAACAACAGGACCGUGCCUUAUUCCUGGCAAAGGUGGAUGCACACGCACGAGCAACACAAGCCCUCCGACAGUCAAAGACCAUGACAUCUGAGCGCAGCCCAGUUACAUCGGCUACACCCACACCAGUCACACCAAAGACCAACAAGAAGCGUCGGGUCGUUCCAAACAAGCGUCGCGCCCACUCGUCAUCUAAAGUUCCAACCGUUUAA